UGCGGUGCUUUAUCAGAGGCGAUGCCCGAAGGGGGAAGGGCCACACUUUCUUCCCUGUCGGGGUUUGGUGAUAGAUAAGUACAAGACCCCCUCAAGAAUGCCAUCACAUUGGAAAAAAAAACCCAAGUCGUUGUGUUGCCUUCUGUGUCGAGUCGGAGACGCUCCAAAAUGCAGCAGCUCGUCCUGCCGGUUCUCCUGGCAUCCUUUUGGACAGUCUGCACAGGAUCAGGAGACUGGUGCUAUCAGUCCCAGUUUACCUGUGAUCAUCUGUGCAAUGUACCAGAGAACUGGAAUCAUGUAAACUCAGCAUGUGGAGGACAAAAACAGUCGCCCAUUAACAUUGUCACCAGAAAGACUUUCAAAGAUGAUCGCCUGACUCCUCUGAAGUUUCAGAACUAUGAGGAGAUCUUCAGAAGCACGAUCAUAAACAAUGGCCACUCCGCUCAGGUCCAGAUUCCUACUGUAUCUACUAUUUCACGUGGAGACCUGCCUGAUGAGUAUAAGGCUGUGCAGUUCCACCUGCACUGGGGAGCCAAUGGAGGGCCUGGCUCCGAACACACUAUUGACGGGGAACAGUAUCCCAUGGAGCUGCACAUUGUUCACAUGAAGAAAGCUUACUCUGAUUUGACAACAGCAUUGAGAGAUACAGAGGGAGUUGCAGUUCUUGGAUUUUUCUAUGAGGUGUCUAGUAGCAGUAACCGGAAGUAUGAACCCAUCAUCAGUGCUCUGCAAAACAUCCAAGCAACAAAUGGCAAUACUUCUCUGUCUCCGAUCUCCCUGGCACAGCUGAUCCCGUCUGAGAAAAAUCUAACUGCUUACUACCGUUACAAAGGCUCUCUGACCACCCCGGGGUGUACAGAGUCUGUGAUUUGGACUCUGUUUGAGAACCCCAUUCCUUUGAGCAUAGAACAGCUCCAAGCUUUCUCUAAACUCCAGUUUAACGAUGGCAAGCAGAUGACUGGGAAUUUCAGACCUGUUCAGCCCCUCAAUGGCCGGAAGGUGUACCGCUCAGGAAGUGCAGUGAUUCUCGCCAACUCUGCCAUCCUCCUCGCCACCAUUGCCAUAGCCUUGGGACUGUCUGAACCCAAUUAGAGGUAUCCCAUGCUGCACUGCGACAUCCAUAAACACAAAAAGUUCCGCACCAAUCAAUCAGUCAAACCCGGAUUCGUAACAUUUUCAUUGCAUGUUUGCAAAGAUGACGGAUCAUAUCGUAGUGCAGGCAUGACUCACCUGGUGUUUCCCCCCUUAUGACACAAAUGACAAAGGCGUUUUAGUGAUGCCUUACGAAAGGUGCUGUAAGGGUUUAUUAAAGCACUCAUGCAUGUGUAGUGAAGCAGUAGGUGUUAUUUCAGCAUUAUGAAUGUGUCAUAAGAACUGCUUUCAGAGCACACGUUUAGGCAUUCACUAAGAUUCGAAAUCAUCCUCCUAAACAUACACUUUAGAACUUAGUACACUUUGUCAAGUGUCAGGUAAAUUUAGUUUUUCCUAAUGUCAGUGUGAGUCCCAGAAAGUUUACACUCUGAGUGCCAUUGUCAGCCUGUGAACUGGCACGUGGUGUGCUAUUCUUAGUGGAGCAUAAAGUUAUAAAUAGCAGAACUGAGUCAUAAAACCAAGCUCCAUUUCAAAGGCAACGGUCAAAGGAGUCAGCAGCUUGGUCAUUCUUUCAUGGUCCAGGAGCACACAGCAGGGCUGUCAGGUGACCCCCUCGCAGCCACUCAGCUAGCAGGUGGUAUGGUAAAGGGUGGGAAGGUUUUAGGUCAAGCCUUUUUCCCGCCAGAAUCCAGCGUCGAAAACAUUUACGAGGGACAACUACAGCCUGACCUAAGAGCAGCUGCAAACCUUCUCCUCCCACCCCAUGGCAACUUACACCAGAGGGAAAGAUGAAGAUGUAGUGAUACUAAUUGCAGGUCACAAAAUGUGUCUGUAGCUCAAGGACACAGUCGCACUUUGGAGAUUAGACCAGCAUAUCUUGUCAAACCAGCAUUAUUAAUUUAAUGCAUUUCAAACAUCAGCAUGAAUCUGCAUGUUUAUUACGAGAUACAUGCACAAAACAGAGCUUGCCAAAGUUGCAUGCAAACACUUCAGUCAGUCUGUUUGUUUUUUGUUUGUUGUUUUUUUUCCAGUUUUUUGACACAUAAAGUUCAGUAAGCUAAUCAUGACAACAUAGAACUGUGUUCCUGGCUUGUAGUACGGGCUCUGGAAGGCACUGAAUGUUAUCGACUGUGAAUUACACCCCACUGAUUUGUUUGGGAGGGCUUAUUAUGUAUUCUAUUGAGAGAUCUGUGCAAUUUUCCAGGAAGAUUUAUUGUGAUGACCUAGCAAAAGGAAUCGAUAUAUUUUCCAUUGUUUCACAAGGCUUCACGUUAUAUUUCUAUGCUGUACACUGAUGUAUUUAUAUAUGUAAUGAAUGUGUAUAUUGAUAUGAGACUGCAGUUGAUAUUUAUGUAUUCCAAGAAUAGUGCUGAAUGCAGAUCCAUAUACGAAGCAUCAACCUGUUCAUGACUUAUGGAGUUUACUUGUGAUGUUCAAGUGUAUGAGACUGUCAGGUUGUAGUUCUUGAAAUGAUAUGGAGAAUGUGUUCCAGCUAAACAAUAAAAUACCUAAAUGCCUUUUUAA